AUGGGGAGUGAAAGAGCGGUGCACGCCAAACUUCUUACAUAAUAAUAUUCCUCAUCAGCCUCAGAUGCCUGGUUUGCUUCUCGUGUGUGCACUUGUACUUUCCAUAACAAUGUAAACAAUAAUUGUCACCUCAUUCAUCAGCAAAGACUCAUCUGUCUUUGUCGCAUAUUAUGCUGAUUGUCUGUGAUUAGUUGCAGUGAGUGCCAUAAAAUGACAACCAAAAGUGAUCGCGUCAGUUAUCACGAUGAUAACAAAACUGACACUCCCGCUGUUCCCGAGAAGAUCCCACUGUUACUUCCCACCAUAAAACAAGCUGGAAUUGGAGAUAUUGAAACGUUGGUGCAUCUAUUGAAAUCGAGCCUGGGAACUGGAAUUUUAGCCAUGCCAAUGGCUUUCAAAAAUGCCGGUUUAAUAUUUGGUUUGCUGGGAACAUUUUUCAUCGGAUACAUUUGCACUUAUUGUGUCCACAUGUUUGUAAAAUGUGCUCAAAUAUUGUGCGAAAGAAAGACUAUACAAAAAAUUGGCUUCCAAAAAGUGGUUGAGCUUUCGUUCCUGGAAGGCCCUAAAGCCACGACGAAAUUCUCAACAGCUGCUGGGAAAACAGUAAUGGCAGCUCUACUGAUGGAACUUCUUGGUUGUUGUUGUGCAUAUGUCGUUUUUGUUGCAAAGAGUAUGAAGCAGUUGGUUGAUCACUAUGGCGGACAUGAAAUGGAUGUUCGUUUCUACAUGCUGCUACUAGUACCUUGCCUCAUCACAACUAACAUGGGAAAGUCUCUGAGAUUCAUCACACCAAUAUCAGUUAUCUCGAAUUCACUGUUCAUGGGCGGAGUGGGUGUCUCGUAUUACUAUAUUUUCGAUGAUCUGCCCUCAGUGAGAGAGAGACCGUGGGCUGUAUCGUGGCACCAUUGGCCCAAGUUCUUCGGAACUGCCAUAUUUGCUAUGGAAGGUAUUGGGACGAUAAUGCCGAUUGAAAAUAGCAUGAAAACUCCGAAACAUUUCAUUGGCUGUCCAGGCGUUUUGAAUAUUGGAAUGAUAAUUCUCGUUACGCUGUACUCAAUAACAGGGUUUUUUGGAUUCCUAAAAUAUGGUGCAGCCACUGACGAUAGCAUUACAUUCAAUUUGCCAACUGGUGCACCAUUAGCUCAGGUACUGAAGAUAGUAAUAGCUCUGGGAAUAUUUCUCUCGUAUUCCUUGCUGUUCUUCGCGUCGAUUGAUCUCUUGAGAGAUAAUGUGCUGCAAAGGUAUGCCGAGAACAGUAUAAGGAUAUGGUUGAUCGUCUUAACUGUUGUGAUUGCAGCGCUGUUUCCAAAUUUGGGUCCUUUUCUGACACUGGUUGGGGCCCUAAGCUUGAGUAUCGUGGGGCUGAUAUUUCCUCCGAUCUGUGAAGUUCUAGUCUACUGGCACUCACCCGGUCUGGGUCGAUUCAAUUGGCGACUGUGGAAGAAUAUUCUAAUCGUAUGCUUUGGAAUAGUUGGCCUCAUAACUGGCACUAUGACAAGUAUCUCAGAAUUCGCCAGAGCAUACAGGCGAUGACUAGAGCUGAGUAGGUAUUUUUCUACUCUUAUAACGUGAUAUUGAAAUGUGCUUUCAAUUAUUAAUAUCUUAUCUCAUUGUAUUAUGUUAUAUAUUAUUAUUGUAUUAUCUAUCUGUUAGUCUCGUAGAAUGCUAGGUUUUUUGUUAAAUAUAUGUACUGUAUUUAUACUAAGUGUUGUAUUCAAUGAGUGAAACAUUUGUAUUACAUUAUUUGUAUGAACAUAAGUAUUAAUUAUUUUGUAUUCGACGAAUGAAACAUCUAUACGAUUUUAUGAUUCUGGUUGACGUAAUUUGCUCAGGUGCUAUUUUCUUGAAAAUUGUUAUAGAAAGUACACAAAAUAAUAUUAUCUCUUGUAUUGUUUCCACCUACAUUUUGAUGUGUGUAUAAUAUCAUAUGUUCACUAGUAUUAUUUACUAAUGUAUGUGAAGUACUUCACAAAGAAUGAAACUUAAGUUAUUCAAAAGUUGAUCUGAUUAAAAAAAACUAUUUUUUAUACAUGAAAUCAAUUCACAUUUAAGGUAUUAUUGGUUUUCAAUAAAUUUGAUUUUUACUCAU